UACCGCAGACUUUUUCUGCAACAUGGACAACAUUCAAGAAGUUUCCUACAAUUUUGGUUACAUACUUCCAAUGAUAGCUACCAUUUUUAAGUCUCUGGUAAUCAACAGGAAUCAGAAGGCUAUUUAUAAGCUUAUUGAUAAGAUCCAUGAUCCCGUCAAAAAGUUUAAGUACUCAUCUGGCAAGUACAAUAAUCUUAUAGCGAUAACCUACCAAAAUUUUGAUUUCUCGAUGUUUAUACUCGCAAUUACGUUUGUUAAUUUGUCUUGCUUGUUACCGAUAAAAACAAUCUUGAGAACGCGAAUCCUGCCGAUCCGGGGUAUGUUCCCCUUCGACGAGACACCAUCCCCCCUGUUUGAAAUAAUCUACGCGAUCGAAUACUACAGUCUGGUUAUCAAUAACUUUUGGGUCCUGACCCAUGAGCCUGCAGUCAUGGGAAUGAUCAGGUGAAUAAACAUCCAGCUAGUGGUGCUCCAGUCAAACUUUCGCCACUGUAACAAUUUUAACACACCUCGCGCCACUUUUUCGAUGUCCAAUAAAAAUUACGACAUUGCCUCGAACUACAAGUACUUUAAGACAUCCGAAGAGCUACGAGAAAUCCAAGCCUUCAUUCUUUUCCAUGAAGAUGAGAUGCACGUCGACCAAGACUCGUUCAUCAAGAGGUUCAAGCUGUGCAUAAUCCACCAUCGUAGGAUAAUAAAUAUAAUCAAUGAAUACAACAAUCACUUUAGUCUGGUCUUCUUCGCCCAAAUAGCCUCUAAUUGCAUGCUAACUUGCAUUGGUCUUUUCCAAAUGGCGCUGGGUCUCAAGAAAGGUAGAAACAUCUUUAGAGAUUUGACAAUGCUUCUCAGUGGGCUGUGUCAUCUGCUGUACUGGUCUAUUUAUGGGGAUUUUCUUAUCAAAGAGGGCAGAAAAAGCAUUUACGAUUGUGGAUGGGAAAAUCAUUUCAAAACAAAUGACAAACAAGUAAUUAUAAUAGGACUAUUACAAGGACUUACGCCGAUGGUUAUGACCGCGGGUUACUUUUUCAUUUUUUCCAUGGAAGCUUACUUGUCGAUAAUACAAAAGUCUUAUUCAUACUUUGCUAUCCUCAAUACUAUGAUGACUGAG